AUGCCCACCCUGCCCGAGGAAGAGGAGGAUUCCCCAGAGGACCUGGACAGCUCCUCCAGCUCUCCCAGCACAUCUGUACCUUGUGAAACCAGAGCUGUCGUCAUGGCUGCACCCACCAUCGUCUACCCACAGCAGGCCACCAUCGUCCAACAAGAUGGUUGUCCUAUGGAACAGGCCAGGCCGCACAGUCCCAGAGCUCGCCUGAACAGAAACUCCUCUGGAGGACCCAUCACCACAGUCGACAGCACAGGGAACGUGAUCGACCUGGUGAAAGAUUCGCUCCCGGAGCUGCAGCUCUCUGAGGACGAUCGACAGAAGAACCUGGAGCUGCUGGAACAGGCCAAGAAGGUCAGCGACCGCUUCCUGACGCGCCGAGGCCGCCGCUCCACCGGCAGCACAGACUCACCCACAGGUCUUUCUCCUACUCUCACUCCAUCGUCCUCACCGUGCUCGUCUAGAAGCAGUUCUCUGACUGUGGCCCCACAAGCUGCUGCGGGACCCUCAGAGUCGACUCAGUCUGGUGGCCAGCUUCUGGAGGUUCCUUCAGGACGAGAACAGACUGAACCAACGACCCAGGAUCAGGGCAGGAUGUUGGUGGACUGGAAGCCCACUGAGAAGAGGAAAGUGUCCUCUGGGACUCUAACGCCCCGUUUUGCUGUUCAGAAGGAGAACUGUGAUCCCACCGGACCUAAGAGUCCCCCGGCGGUCAAUAAAGCAGAUGAGGGCGCCGAUUCUGGCCAAAGCCCCAACCAGGUGCCAGCCACAGGAGUGGCCAAGCCCGUCCUCCGACCCCCCACCCAACUGGCCCCCUGUACAGCAGAGAUAAAGACAAUCGGGGCCUUCCCUCCACUAAUGAGAGCAGUUUCCUGGGAUGCUGUGGGCAGCCUUAAUUCUAGAAACGGAGCGCCGAGUUUCCCUCCGAAAGCAGAGGACACUUUCUCAGACAAGCCCAGAGAUGUGUUGAAGUCUUCAGGGUACAAGGACCUCUCUGCCCCGCCGGGGGGUGUGCCCAAGCUGUCUAAACUCAGAGAGGAACACAAGCUGAUGCGUAACCACAGCAUAGUGGGAUCCAAGUUACCAGACUUGAGUGAAGCUGCUGAACAGGAAAAGGGUCCUCAUCCGACUCCCAUCCCGGCCAGUACCGCGGAGGCAAAGGAGAAGUUGGAUGCGAUGCCGAACAUUUCAGACGUGAUGCUGAGAAAACUGAAACUACACCGGGGCCUGCCAGGCUGUGCACCACCCCUGACUGAGAAGGAGGUUGAGAAUGCAUUCGUCCAGCUGUCACUGGCUUAUCGUAAUGACAACUACACCCUGGAGACGCGGCUCAAACAGGCGGAGAGGGAGAGGAACAUGACUGAGGAAGACACAGAGAAAGAGCUCGAGGAGUUCAAAGGAGCGCUGAAGACGACCUCACCCCAGUGCCAGAACCUGGAGCAACGCGAAGCCUACCAGCGCCUCACGGAGACGGUGUCAGUGCUGCACCGCCUGGCCACGCGACUCUCCAGCCGGGCAGAGAUCGUCGGAGCGGUUCGACAGGAGAAACGUAUGAACAAGGCCACUGAGGUCAUGAUGCAGUAUGUGGAGAAUCUGAAGAGGACGUAUGAGAAGGAUCAUGCCGAGCUGACGGAGUUUAAGAAGCUGGCCAACCAGAACUCCAAUCGCUCUUAUAGUGGGUCUGUGGACACUGGAGAUGAUGGAGUUGCACGGUCGUCAAGAUCAAUGUCCCUCACCCUUGGAAAGGCUCUGCCCAGACGCAGGGUGAGUGUAGCAGUGGUGCCGAAGUUUAACCUCCUGAACAUCCCAGGUCAGAGUCCAGCCACAGCUGGCCCGGGCCCCAACCUGUUAUUAGGGCCCAGCCCGUCCUCAGUCCCCCACCCAGCCCUUGGCCCCAACGUGGGACCAUCCACUGGUGCUGCUCUUCCUGUCCUGUGUGAAGCAAAUUAUAUGAAAGUCAGCACUCCCAGAGAGGCGGUACAACCUGGAGCUGAAUGUGGAAAGAGUGUGCUGGAGCAGGAAAGUGAGCCGGCCAAGCCCUCAGUCAACUUAGAGGAGCUCAGAGCCGAGAUCAGAGCCGAGCUCAAGGCGAAGAUUGAGGAGGAGGCGUACAAUAAAGGAUUACAAGAAGGACUGAAGCAGAACAAAGUUCUCCAAGACGAGAAGCAUGAGGAGGAAAACACUGCGGAGAAAUUACUAGAAUCAACAAAUAAAGAUGAGGAGAGCGGAAGAAAAAUUAAGACAAACAGGAGGAUGGAGGAGGUCCUGUCACGUCUCGGUCGCUAUUGUCCCAAGAUUUCCUUGAAUCGACGACUUCUCUGGAUGGCGCUGACGCUGUUCGUCGUGAUGUGUCUGGUCAUCAGUAUUUUUUCAUUCUUCAGUCACUACUACAACAAACGCGAGGACACGUAAAGUGCCACACGAGAUAAAGAUGUUCGGACUGAGUGUCGCGCCACGACCAAAGAAUCCUGCCACAGAGGGACAGGGGCCGCUGUUACUCUUUGUCUCUGUCAAUUUACCAUAUCAUCACACCCGGACUCACUUGAAUCCAUGGCCCUGGUUCUGGAGGCUCAGAUGGAGGCUUUACGGUUAAUGUUGCCUCCCCUUUGGUUGUCAGCGUUAAGUUAUUAUUUAGUUUGGAUUGAAAAGUCAACGUAUUGUUUGCUGUGGUGAGAAAAAGAUUAUUUCUGUUUAGGGACCAGUGCAGUGUGAAGAAAUAUAUGUAUUUAAAUAAGAUUCAUACAUAAUGAUUCCGGUAGAUGGAUGAUGAAUAUGGCAUUUUCAUUUUCAUUUAAUGCCACAGCAGGAAAAAUGUAUAUUUAUUUCACUAUUAUGUUAAAACUGAAGUGCUGAACCGUUAGAUCCCCCUUUUGGCAGUGAGAGGAAUUACACAUACACAGGAUAGUAAUUAUAUAUUUAGGUAGAGCAAAUGCAACAGCGCCACAGCUACUGCAUUCGCUACACACCAUAGAAUUAAUAUAAAGAUGGACGACUUGUUUCCACCUCCUCCAACUAUCCAGAAGUGAAGCCAAAAUAUACUAAUGCUGCCAUCUUGUGCUAAAAAUGUCAUGUGGAGCCAGAGUCUGAUUGGUGGAUGGACGCGCUCAACCAAUUUUGAGUUGUUCUGAGCUAUAAAUCAAAACCAAAAGUAUCAGAUAUGUGUGAUAAGAGCUACCUAAAAUGCCGGGAGUCACCUUUUGAGGGGAAAGGAUUUGGUCCAUGUCCCAUCAACUGACAUGGAGGAAGCAGGAUUUAUGGCUAACACUGCAACCAGCCACCAGGGGGUGAUCGGGGUGCUUUGGUUUCACUUUUGGGGAGAAGUCGUAUCCUCCAUCUGUAUACAGUCUUUUUAUAACUGUAGGCUUUUCUCUGAACACAGAAUAAAUUUUGCAUCUGGAGCAUCCGUUCCUAUAUCACAUAUCCGACAUCAUCUCCUUCGCUACAGACGCUCUUCUCUUCAGCUCUGACAAAUUUGCUGGUAGAAGCAAAGUGCAAAACAGGAAUUUUUCCACAGACGCCAAAUCUCCUGCAAAAUACAGAGAGAAUCACAUGCAGCUGGUUCAUAACUAAUAAUUAACAAGGCCUUGAAUGUGACGAACAUCUAUUUAUAUGUGAAAGUUCCCCACGUCAGCUUU